AUGAAAGCGACGAAGGGGAGAAGAAAGCAGUCGGAAAGAAAGACAAGACAGGAAGACAGGAAGACAGGAAGACAGACGAGAGGAAAGAUGUCGGAAGCCACACAUGACUCCGUCGAGGUGGCCUCGGAGAAGAAGCCUGCUCCGACUUCUGCCUCAGGAUCGUCGAAGCCCAAGGGGAUGCGCAAGAAUGGUAAAAACUGGCAUGCACCCAAGAAGGCCUUUAGACCGACUGCCGGACAGACAUCAUAUGCGAAGCGGCUGGAAGAGCGGAAAGCGAUGGCCGUGAUGAAAGAGAAGGAGAAGGAGAUGAAGGAGGAGAAGGAGGCUACAAGACAGGCCCGUAUACAAGCUAUCAAGGACCGACGAGCAGCCAAGGAAGAGAAAGAGAGAUAUGAGAAGCUGGCCGAGAAGAUGCACCGCAAACGAGUCGAGCGGAUGAGGAAGCGGGAGAAGAGGAACAAGCUGCUUAAUUCUUAG